AUGUCGAUUUUGCAGAUGUCCUUUACAGUUCCAGUAACCCCAGAAUCCCUCUCAUCGGCGAAAACCCUGUCAAUCGGCUUCAUUUCAGAUCGAUCGGUGCUUUCCCUCACCACAAGACUCUCCAACCUCUCUCUAACCACCUCAACCCCCUACAAAUUGACGCAGAUUCGUAUGGGUGGCGGGCCUCGCACUUACCCCGGCGGCGUCUCGAAGUGGCAGUGGAAGCGAAUGCAGUUGAAGAAAUCGAAGCAGCUUCUGAAAGCCCGGCUGGCCCGAGAGCGCCAGAUAUACGAGAUGAGGAAGCGGGCCGAGCUCAAGGCCGCCGUCACGGAGCUCGAGCGCCCCUGGGAGGCCGUCGAGAAGCCGCCCAAUUUGUUCUCCGCGAGCGCCGACGAGCAGCUGCAGGUGCUGGCGGACCGGUUUCAGAAGCCCGGGGGGCUGGAUUUGUGGUCUGAAAGGGACGGGCCGGAAUUGUUCAGGCACGAUAAUGGGCUGCCGUCUUCCAGGUUUUUUCCGAAAGGGGUUGUUCAUAGCGCCCAACCAAAUCGGAAAUUGGCUGCUGCUUCGGAAGAAUCGGAUGGUUUGGGUCUGGAAGAAGAAUCGAGCCCUGGCCCGGUUGGUGGACGUGUGGUUGAAACGGGCCUGCGAAGUCAAAACAGGGGAGAAUAUACGAAUUCGAAGAGAAAUCUGAGGACUUCAAGUAAAGGUGGAAGCUUGGAUGGUGACAAAAGUGGGAAUUAUAGUGGAAAACUUAGGGAGAAAGGAAAUUCAAGAACUUAUUCGAGUGAUUCGGAAAGAAAGAACUCUAGGGAUUAUAGAAGGAAUAAUGGGGAUAACCGGUGGCAAGGUGAAGCUAUUAAAAAACUAUGGAGGAGCAAAAAGGGUCGUGUAAAGGGUGAGAAUGUGAAUAGUGAAGUGUUUGAUAUGAAUCUGCAAGAUGAUGGGGUCUAUGGGUUUGAUUUGGAGAACUGA